CAGCAUCCUCAGCAUCCUCAGCAUACUCAAUAUGCUCAACAUGCGCAGCAUGUACAACAUCCCCAACAUUCUCAACACACUCAACAUCCUCAACAUCAACACCAGCAACAACAACAGCAACAACAACAGAUGUCCCAACCCCUACAACAGCAAUAUCAACAAGUGCAACCACAAAUGUUGCCUCAACAGCCACAACAGCAAGGUCAGCAGCAAAUGCAGCAGCAAAUGCAACAGCAAAUGCAGCAGCAACUACAACAACAACAACAACAAAUGCCCCUACAGCUACAACAACAAUAUCAGCAGCAAAUGCAGCAACAGCAUAUGACCCAACAGCUACAACAGCAAUAUCAGCAACAAUUGCUACAACAGCAACGGAAAUACGAUAGAACGAACGGAUUAACGUACAACGAUCCGCGAGACUCGUCACCGCAAGUUCGAACAAAAGGUCCACCACAAACGUCACGGAGUGACUCAGAAAGUUCGGAAUCAGUCAAAUCUAUGAAACGUGAAGCGGAAGAUGACGGUCAAGUGUACCAUAAGCACCGUCCGAAAAAUCUCACUUUCGAUCAAGAGGAAGCUGAUCAAUAUAGAAAGCCGAUCGAACAAAAGGUUCGAAAAUCAAAGAACGAAUACGAGGCACAGAAACGUUAUAAGGAACGAUCGAAAAGUCCUGCUAAAUCACCAUUAACGCCUCCCCGCAGUCCUAACUGGAAGCGAUAUAGAGAUAGUCCACCUCAUUCGUCACCUCCCAGACUAAUGUCACCGCCGAUAUCACCCAGGGACUCGAGAUUUACGUUUUCCAUAUCCGAUAUGUCGCCCCCGUCUAGACCCUUAUCCAGGACCGAUGCUUUCUUCGAUCCAUACGAGCUAGAUGGUCCUUGCGAUGAAAUCGAACAGAUUAACGCUAAAGCAAACCGUAUUAGAGAGGAUACACAAGGAGAAGCUUUACUUUUAGAUAAAGUUCCACCAAAACCCGCUAAAGCUCUUGAUUUAGCAUCAUAUGCUGCAACAGUAGCAAGCGAUACUGCAAACAUGACAAAUAAAUCCGUCUCUCCUACAACAUUGCGUCAAGAACAGCCCAAACGUUCGGUGGGUAUCAUUGAUGACCGUGGCAUCUUAGACGUUUCGCCCGAUCGUGCGUCUCCACCAUCUCCAAAUUAUUAUGAAGUAGUUGACGAAGUAAAAGUGGCUAGCAAGAAAGACGACUCUCAAACGAAGAUGAAACCACCACCGGAUUGGUCACCAGUAACGGAUUUAUCACCAAUUAUUGACGUUUCACCGUCCAUUGAACGCCUUGAGCAAGAAAUGAUGUUAGCAGAGCAGAAGCCCAGAAGCUCGAUUAAAAGACAUCCAAACUUCGACAAUAUAAGUGCUCUGUGCACAUCGCCCACUAAAGAGGUCAGUAAAGGUGGAGGAAUGCAGAUGAACGUUUUAUCUUUAAGGCCUUCGGAAGACGAAAGCCAAACAUUUUCAUAUAAUGUAUUGAAAUCCCCAAUUACACCCGAUACGGAGCGGAGUACGCGUAGUCAGGUUCAAAUUAAGGAGGAUCACGGCUAUACGUAUCCUAUUACGCCACCUGCUGGACAAACCUCUCCGCCGCGUCCCCAAUCGCCUACUGUAGUUAGUAGGCCACAGACGCUGGUCAGUCAAACGAAUAGCAAUAAUCAAAAAAGAGCUCGCCGAAAGCUACCUCCAACGCCUGCAAAUGUUCAACCAGUCACCGUAGCAUCAAUAAAGCAUAAAUCUAGGCAAAGAUGGCAGGAAAAGAGAUCUACGUCCUUAGAUUCUUCUAGUACAGUGAGCCGGGGCGAUUUAUCGCCUAGAACACUUAUAAAAAGCGAAAGUUUAGACAUUCCAGCACCCGAAUCGGGAAACUCUAGUCGUAUUUCGACACCACCUAUCGCGGAAAAUAUUAGAAUCAACUCAAGUAAUUCCAAAUUAAAGGAGAAUUUCGAAACGCCUAAAGAAUUAUUAAGGAAAUCUCCUAAAUUGAGACCGGGUGAAUUGAAAACAAUUGAAACAGUAAAUAUAAAAGGUGUUACAGUGCCAUUACAUGUAAGACAACUAAAGCAGCGGCUUAAAGAAGAGCUGCAAAUAGCCACGGCUUCCAGAAGACUGCAGCUAGAUGAACAAGUUGAAAUUCAUCUAUUAGAGAGACAAUUAGAAGAUAUGAAGGCCAAAGAGGCUAAAAAGCAACCUAAAGUACUUGGUCCUAGCGAAAAGCAGCUGAGCCUUCUAAAUCAAGCUAAUCUAUCGGCUAGAGAGCGGAGAGCUUUACACAAAAGGCAAAGUAGUGACCCAACUAUGUCAAAGAUCUCUCCGGUUGACGAAAAUGCAGAUAUUGAAGCUGCUUUACAACGUGAUUUAAACUUUGAUAUGACUGGAUUAACUUAUGCUCAGACAUUGUUUACCAGACCGAUGACUAGUAGUCGGUCGGAAACUUCAAUACCAUUCCGAAAAGCAUUUAUAGGAGAAGAGGAUGAUUUAAGGAGAAAAGAAGAGAAAAGACACUUGCUUAAAUUGGAAAUAGAGAAGAGGAAACGGGAAUUGGAUGAAAAUGUACAAUUACAAAUGGAGCUAAAGCGUCUUACUGAAUCGGCAAGUAUGAAUCCUUUGGAAUAUAAUCAAAUCAGGAAGCGCUAUCAACAACACGUAUGCCGUCGAGAUCCGUAUUAUGACUAUCGCUCUAAAUACCUGCUAGCAGCUUGCCCUCAAAUCCCAGCGACGGGGAGUCCGGCCAUGCCUGCAGCUUAUCCAACUCCAAUUAACGUUGCCUCUUCAGUCAGAACUUCGACUUCUCGAAGUUAUAGCGCCAGUGAAUAUUUGGCACACAAGGCCCAUUCACCCGCAAGCGAACUGGAAGACGCCUUAUUAUAUAAUGAUUUAUACUCAGAUAUUUUUCUUCCUCCUUCACAAUCGCAGCCUCAUUUAUAUGGUAGGGGAAAGAAGAUGGUCGCAAUAGAAUCCUAUCCGGAAUUCUCACCUAUUCCCACCGAAACUGAACCGUCACCUGAUGUUACGCCUGCUAUGCCUAUUCUUGACGACGUUACGAAACGAUCCAGAACCAAGCUAAGGAAUAUAGGCAGCCGUCCUCUGAGUGACGAAAUAGAUAAAUAUAUCAGGGAAGAUCUGCUCGGCUAUGCCGAAAUGGAUGAUUUAUUUAACUCAGACGAGAACCUUCUUGAUCAUUUUGCGGACGAUAGUCUAUCUACAAUAAAGUCUCGUUCCAAUUUCAGGAAUUCGAAUCCGCCCAUUCUUCUCGAAUAUUCCAAUUCAGUAGGUCGCAUUCAGUAUCCAUUCCCAACAAAAAGAAUCUUAUUAAUGAGAGAUCCGAAGGAUCGUUCCAACAAAGGCUAUGGAAUUGGCAUGAAAAUUGUCGGAGGUAAACAAAUAUCUGGUAGACCAGCUGGUCAGGUUGGAGCUUAUGUGGCUGCUAUUUACAAAGGAGGAGCAGCUGAUCAACUCCACGGUGAAUUGCAAGAGGGAGAUCAGAUUCUUGAAUGGAAUGGUAUUCCAUUAACGGGUAAGACCUACGAGGAAGUACAUGCCUUAAUAUCACUUUUAAAUGAUAAUGGUGAAAUUGAGCUAGUGAUUAGGCCUAAAAGUUCAAUUAAGAACACACCAGUUGUGCCUAUAGUUACAGCAAGUUCUAUUCAGUCAUCCGAAACGAGUUCCAAGAGGAGCAAUGUCAGCACAGUAAAGGUUGAUCAUCACGCUUCAAAAAGCGAGCAUUCGUCAUAUGAUAAUUUAGAUUUCCUUCAACAAUUCGGACCUAUUAAACACAAUAAUCAAGCGAAAUCGGAAACGAUCUCGGAUUCUAAUGGAACCAAUCAACCGACCCUUAUUAUUACCGAGGACAAAGGUAUUGAUCCAAAUGAAUUAGCGGCUCAACUACGAGGAAUUCAGGAAUCUGAGAUCUCAACUCCCACCAGUACCUCCGUGUCAAAUCAAGAGAAUCCAUCUACAAUAUCUAAAUCAGAAAUUAUGAACAAUCCGGAAACUAAGAAAGUGGAAACCGCCGCUAAAGUCACGUACGUAGAACCAGUAACAUCAACUAAUUCGACUACAACUGUAACUCAGAGUGAAAUGUCUAAUACUGUCGCUGCAACAAAUGUGGACACCAGCAAAACUGUUACAUCAACCACAACGACAACCUCAACGACAACAAUAUCUGCUGCCCGACAGAAGAAUAUAGAAGCGGAGCAGGCUCCAGUUGUUCACAGGUCGAAGGAUAAGGAACAAGAUCUAGGCGAUAUUCGUCUUCAGCUAAGUUUCGACGAUUACGAUAAUACCUUGAAUAUUCAUUUAAUAGAAGCACGCCGACUGCCUUGCAAAGAUUCUAAUGGACUAUCUGAUCCUUUCGUCAAGUUCAUGCUCUAUGGUCUAGAUCGAGAGGAUUGCAAGCAAAAGUCUAAAGUAAUUCCCAAGACUCUCGAUCCCCAAUGGCACCAAACGAUUAUGUUUAUGAAUUUAGACAAAAAAAAGACGAAAGCUGCUGGCUAUACCCUAGAGGUGGCGGUAUAUGACCACGACCGAUUUAAGAGUGACGACUUUAUUGGGGAAGUUGUCCUUCCUUUAUCAAAUAAAGUCUAUUUGGACAACAAGCCCCACUGGUACAAACUACACGAACAGAAGAAGAAUCCAAAUGACUUGCCGCUGGAUCCAUCGCCCCCAGAGCCGAAGAAAGAAAAGAAGAGAAGCAAGAGCCAUUCUACUUCUUCUCCGCGACAUUCUAAGCAGGAGGAUGUUCGAAAAGUUGAAUCUCAGUCUACGUACGACAACGUACCGCACAGAAGUGAAGAAGUCAGCCGAAGGCGAACACAUUUUGAAGAUGAAUAUAAUGAAGGAGGGGAAUAUUAUGACAGGAGGAGGAAUCAUCGCCGAUCUGACGCAAGUGCGGUCUAUGACGACCGUAAUUAUCAAACAGUACCAGAAGAGCAGUAUGAACAGAAAAAAGCGAGAAAGCGGAAUGGCUAUCAAGAGCGUGAAAGGCCGCGAUCCUCUCAAGGGCAUCAUUCUAAUCAUCCUUCUCAACCCACUCAGCAUCAUGACUACGAAGAUGAUUAUUAUAAUAAUAGUAGACGCUAUAAUAAUUAUGAGCACGACGAUCGUUACUACGAAGAAAGGCCUCUUAGAAGACAUACGCCUUACAAAGAUCCUGUCUUGAACACGCAUAGAAGUAGGUCCCCUUCGGCACCGAUGGAUCAUCGGGAACGACGAUCUCGCUCUCACGAUCACACGUCGUCUAGGUACGAAGAUGAUAGAAUGAUGAGAGACCGUAGUAGGGAAAGGAGUCGCAGUGAUAUUCAAAUUCGAGAGAGAUCACCAGGUCUUAACCCCCCCCAAAUGCCACAGCAUUUAACAAGAUCAAAAUCUCAAGAGAGAACGUUCAAUCCAGCACACGGUGCUCCACCUCAGCAAUCUCAACAGCCACACGAGCCUCACAAACCGACUCCAACACUUGUUUCUAGAACAAAUCGUCACCAACCGCCUAUGAAUCCAGCUUUUGCCAGUAACGCUCCGGCAGCAAAAGCGGCUGCUGCCGCUGCAGCCGCUGCAGCCGCCGCCGCCGCUGCUGCUGCUGCUGCCUCUCAGGCUUCAACGGUGCCUACCCAAUCGACUCAAUCUGUAUCAAUACCAUCAAAUGCAAAUUUUAGUCCUGCACACGGUAGAAGACCCCUUCAACCCCAGGACUUGAAACCAGACCCUCAACAACCCGCAGAAAAAAAUUUCGUCGAAAGGAUGGGGACGACUUUAGCUGGUUUCUUAGGUCCAACCUUGUCAGCUUACAAGUCCUGAACGCGCAGUAAAAAUAACUUCUGUAUGUCUAUAAGUGUUUGUGUGUGUUUCUCUCUCUCUCUCUCCAAAUUUCUCCACUUCUCCUCAUCGUCAUCAUCAUUAUUCUUCUUUCUUCGUCUCUCUCUCUCUCUCUCUCUCUCACUAUUUAUCUCCUAUCUGCCUCACUCACCUUUUUUAUCAAUAGAAAACCUUUACCCGAUGACGUCAGCGAGAGUUCAUUAUCGUCUAGUAUUCCAAUAGAUUUUCAAUCGUUUGAAAAUGGCAGGCUUCCUUCUGGUUUGCUAUUAAUCAACAUUAUUUUCGACCAGGAGCUUACUGUUUCCGUUAUUAGGUUGGAAACGCUCGGUAGAAGGAAGAGAAGCGAAUUUUUCGUUCAAAUUCGACUGUUAGAUGACGAUACAAAAUUUCAUUUGGAAAAACGACGUACAUUCAAUCAAAAACAAAAUGAACAAACAACAUAUUUUAACGAAAUGUUUGUAUUUAGUCCAGUUAACAAGACACAAUUAUCUUUGCAUAUUCAAGUCAAGAAAUGUAAAAAGAUAACAAACAAAUUAUUCGGGGAAUGCUUACAUAAACUAACAUUUUCGGAAUGUGGUGAAAAUUUUUGGUGUUCUUUAUACGAUUUGUAAAGACGAUUAAAGAGAAGAAAUGAGAAGAGUAUAACAUAUAUACAGUAUUUACAUAUAUAUAUAUAUAUAUAUAUAUACUGUAUAUUUAUACAUAAUAUAGUUAUUAUUCUUGCUUAUUUUUAUCAAUAAAGAGGUCAAAAUCCUAUUUUUUGGAGAAAAAGGAUUGAAGAGGGAAUAAAGUAAAGUAAAGUAAAAAACAAAGAGAGUUAUAAAAGAGGUGGAAAGAAGAUAAGAGGUAGCUUUAGAACUGAAAAAAAAGGGGGAAAAAGAUGAAACGUUCUAUACGAAUAUGAAAUAUUUAUUCAAAAGGAAAUCAAAAGAGAAAAUAUGAUUUUAUUUUUAUCACUGUAUUGAAAUCAUACAUGUAUUGAUAAGUGUAUAUAUAAUUAUUUUGUUUUCUUUUAUACGGUGCUCUCUAAACUAAAGUUCCUUAAAAAACAAAAAAGUUUAAGUCCCUUUUUUGACCAACAGUUUCAGCCUUACGAUUGUUCAAUAACCGUUUUUUUCUACUUCUUAUAGAUCUAUUAAUAGAGCUGAAAUAUAGUUUGAUGCUAUUUAUUGAUAUCUAUAUAUAUAUAUACAUACUUAUUUAUUAUAUAAUUGCAGCAAGUUUGAUUUUCAUGCAAACAAUUUUGUAAUUAAAGUGAAAUUUUUUGCUAUUCUUUUAUUUUAACAACAAAAAAAUAUGGUGCUACAAGCAGAUUCAGUUGCGUAGUAACCGAGUUUUGAAAAAAGUCGUCACUUCAAAGGGCAUUAUUAGUAAUAAUAAGAGGAAAUAUUUAUCCUGUAUCAUUCAUAUAAUUGUAAAUAUAUAUAUAUAUAUAUAUAUAUAUAUAUAUAUAUAGAAAAGAGUAUAAAAUCCUGAAAAUGAUUGUGUGAAUAAUAGUAAUAAUAAUAAUAAUAAGGAAAAAAAAACAAAGGAAUAUUAGAAAAAAGUUAAUUAGUUAAUUAGUAACUAAAUUAAUUUCUUAAUUAUUCAUACAACAAGAAACAAUGUAAAAGUUUACUGUAAAUAUGUAAAGGAGAAAAAAAAAGGAAGGCACUUGUUUAAAGGCGUGUUCAAAUAAAUGACAGUGUUUAGUUUUUACUACAAAGUCGCUUCUGUAAAGUAAUAUUAUAUAUAUAUAUAUAAGUCAUGCACAGAACAAUAGCUU